AUGCUGCGAGAUGAAAAGGUUCAAGCCACGCCAGAUCAAGCCAGCUUUGCAUGUGGCUAUGCCUGUGUGACAUCCGUAUUGGGAAGUGAAAUUCCAGCGAUUGAUGGGUUAGGUUUCAGCACUGCAGGCAAUAUUGCAAAGAUGCUAACUUUAGUCCUCAUACUACUGCAAUUGAGCAUUGCCAGAGGCACGCUUGCAGCAGGAGUGACUGAAAUGGACGAGUGCAUCAAGAUUCUACCUCAGUGCGUGCAUGAAUUGUGGGAGUCAAAUCAGCGUGGAGAUGCUACCAACGAAGAAGAGCUAAGCUUUGGCUUGCUAGCAGCCUGGAUGAAAGGGCUCUACACGAAGAAAGAUCCACCUUAUUUGGCGAGUGAUCUCCAGUUGAGGGCAUCAACUUUGAAGCAGCUGAAAGAAUUGGCAAGCUUCAGCUUGGCCAGCCCUGACCACUUCAAAUAUGCAAUUGGUGUGGGCCAAAUGCUUUUCCUGUACUUUUGGUGGGGCUUACACCCGCCAGAUGAUGAAGACAACCGGCUUCUAGGUCCAAGUAUCGAAAUUGUAUCUUUGUCUGCCAGCCUGCACACGGCCAGCGUGGCUGGAAGCUGUUCUUCACCGGGCAUAGCUCAAAUAGAAUUUGAAGCAAGGAAAUGCCCGUGGCGCUGGCGCUUCGUACUACUGUUGCUGGUGGAAAUAGCCAAGCAGUUGGCAGCUUAUAAAGAUUUGAAGGGUGCUGCUGAGCACUUCCGUUUGGCAGAGGCACACCUCAAGACGAUGCGGAUGUUGCCCUACUUCGCACACCAUCGAAGCUUGCUUCCAGGUCAAGGUCCCUACAGGGCCAAUCACAACGAUGAUCUUCUGCGCAGUUCCCAGCACUGGCCAGUUUGGCCGCGCUCUGCGUGGCCACCCCUUGCCAACUUCCUGGAAGAACAUGCCCACAUUUUCCGUGCUGAACUUGAUAGAUUGAUACUUGCUGAUAUGGACUACGAUGAGCUUUUCCGAACAGUGCAGGAACAACAAACAGAGUUUACUCCACUUCCGAAAGACUGGGGCCUCCUGGAUCUGAUCCGCCAAGGCAACCGCACUGCAGUAUGUCCUUACACUCCGCAAAGCUGUGCGUUGUUGGAAGAGCGUCCUGAAAUCAAUGCGCACUGUUUCUCAGAGCGCGUGCCCAAUGCCGGGGUUGCCUUUGCGCGACUUCUUCCGGGCUCUGAAAUAAAACCCCACUUUGCCACAGAGCCAAGUUUAGCAAUUCACCUGGGAUUGAUAACACCACCUGGUGCAGAGAUGUGGGUAGCCAACGAAACGGUGACUUGGUCCGAAGGCAAAGCAGUGGUGUUUGAUGAUACAUUUUUCCACGGGGUGCGUCAUCGAGGGAUUGAGGCUCGUUAUAUCUUGCUCGCGUGGAUUUGUCAUCCUUGCGACUUGCACUGGAGAAGUUCAGCGCAGGAUUCUUCUGCUUUGCCGCUCCAUUGCGACAAGAAGAUGGGUGGCCACUUCAGCUUGUGCAGCCUCAGAGCCAAGAUCGAGCGAAGCAGAGUCCAACGCAGAUCUGCUCGGGUGAAAGAGGAAAUAAGAGGAACAACGACAGAGCGGCACGAGAUGAUACGAGAUGUGUGCCCCAUGGGGCGACGCGAAGUUCGUGGAGCUCUGGAGAGUUUCGAUUU